GUAUAAAGGUAGGGGUGACAGCAGUCGGUCAACAAGCAGAAUCAGCUUCAGCUUCUCAUUUGUGGAAAUACUGAGGAUCAGCCAGCGCAAACAUGAAGGUCACAUUUUAUGAGGAAAGAAAUUUCCAGGGUCGCUCUUAUGACUGUAUGGGCGACUGUGGUGACUUCUCCUCCUACAUGAGCCGCUGUCACUCUUGCAGAGUGCACAGCGGAUGCUGGAUGAUGUACGAUCAACCCAACUACAUGGGAAAUCAGUAUUUCUUUAGAAAGGGAGACUAUGCUGAUUACAUGUCUAUGUUUGGAAUGAGCAACUGCAUCAGGUCCUGUCGUAUGAUCCCUAUGCACAGGGGAUCCUACAGAAUGAGGAUCUACGAGAGGGAGAACUUCAUGGGUCAGAUGCAUGAGAUGAUGGAUGACUGUGACAACUGCAUGGACCGUUACCGCAUGCCUCACUGCCAGUGCUGCAAUGUGGGUGGCGGUGAGCCCGGGUACGCAAUUUGA